CUGUUUGCUAACUCUAUGCCAGAAACGGCUACUAUGCCAGUACUAUGGCGGAGAGGAAACGGGGAUGGCUCUGAUAGAGAUAAUAAUAAUACAAUGUUGUUGAAACAAAUACAAAUUAAUUCUUGAUUGGAUUUAUUUAUAGUGCUAAAUUGAAAGUGAAAUGUGUUGAUAAGGCACCUGAUUGUGAAAAUGUGCAGCAUGGGCUUUGGGAGACUCGGUCAAUUAUUGGCCCAAUCGUGCAGUUUCUCCUGCUCGGCGCCAACUUUGCUCGCCACAUCGACAACAAAAACAAACGUCAUCCGAACUUCUGUUUCUGUUUGUUGCCAAAUAGCAUUACGUAAUGUGAGAUCAAAUUCAAUUGUUGAUGUCAACGGGAGCAGGAGGAACGAUUGUAGUACGAAUCAGCUGAUUAGACGAAUUCGACGUUGCGGGCCAAUAUUUCCCGCCAAUUUCUAUUCUCGCUAUUCUGCUAGCACCAUCAUGACGUCCUACUGCAAGGAGCUAAAUUUUGACGAAUAUGAAAUUAUUGGGUUUGAUUUGGAUGGCACUCUGUUGCGCUAUAAUAUUCAUGAGAUGACUAUACUGAUUUACAAUGUUCUGCGUCGUUAUCUGGUGGAGGAGAGGGGCUAUUCAAAACAAUUGUUAGAGCAAUCUUUGAAUGUGGAUUUCCUGCAAAAAGGUCUCUUCCUGGAUGGACCUCGUGGCAACGUUUUGAAGUUAGGCAAAAACGCGACGAUUUUGCGAGCUACCCACGGUACUCGUCGUCUUACUGACGAGGAAAUUGUGUCUAUCUACGGAGCCGAACGACAAUGGAAUGUGACUUCCAAUUUCUACCAAGAUCCAUUGUCUACCUGGAAUGGAGUGCCAGCAGACCAAAUGAGGGCACUGCUAGAUUAUUUUGAUAUGCCAGCUGCCAUGGUGUUUGCCCAGGCAGUGGAUCAGGUGGAUAAGGAGCAGCGGCAACAGGAAGAGUAUCAGGUCUGGAGGGAUCUACAAGCGGCCCUUAUGCACAGCUACAACCGGGAUCAUUUCUCCAAUGAUAUUAGUUCGUACUUUAAGGAUAUGAAGGCUGAGCCUCAAAAAUAUGUCCUUAAAACCUCUCCAAAAGUUAUUAACUGGCUGGAGCAGUUGAGGUCGAAUGGAAAGAAGUUAUUUCUACUAACGGGCUCCAACAUUGAUUUUGCCAAUUUGACGGCCACCCAAGCUCUUGGCGAGAAUUGGCGAAACCUUUUUGACAUUGUAGUGACGUAUGCAAAAAAACCAGGAUUCUUUACAAGCACUCGUCCAUUUUUAAAAGUGAAUGCUAGUGAAUUGAAAGAGUUAUCCCAAUCGGAGCAGCCUGCUGAUUCCCAUCUAAGCAUGAACGAGAUAUACUCUCAAGGCAAUUGGCACCAACUGCACAAUUCAUUGGCCCAUCAACUGCAAAAACCGUCUGCUAACGUCAAAGCCUUGUAUUUUGGCGACAAUAUCAUCCAGGAUGUUUAUACGCCGGUUGCACAUCGUGAUUUCGAUGCUGUGGCCAUAGCCGAAGAGAUGCUAGUGCAAGAUUCCGAAUACCCUUAUAAAAAAGAGGUGGGUUCUGGGCUGUGGGGCUCAUACUUCUCUGUAGAAUCCACACCCACAAUCUGGUCAGAUUUUAUUUGUAACUUUGCCCAGAUUUGCGUGCCGUCCAUGGAUCAUUUGGCACAAACGCCACCCAAUAAGCGUAUUUUGUGUACAAAUCAUAUUGGAUUUUACCCGAAGAUGCCCAAAGAGCUGGAGAGCAGCAUUUAAGAUGCAAUUCCAUGGACUGUGUUUUCCCUCUAUGUCCCCUUUAUCAACAUCAUCUUGAAGACAAUAAAUCAUCCUCAAGCAGAUAAA